ACUUGCUCUUAGCAGGGAAAGGGGCAAGAGGCGCGGUGGCAGCUUGCUGCCCCGCCCGCAGGAGAGAUCCGCUGCGCCAUGAGCAACAGCCAGAGCGACUGCUUAGGUUCCUGCGGCCAAGAUGGACACACAAUUUUUGGCGACAAGUGGAGUCAACGUUACUGUUUUCCUGCUGCGUGCAAGGGGCGGCCUGUUGUUUUCACACACUGGAGCUGGAAGCUUCCAUGUGGACGCCCCUCGGAGGUUUGGCUGGUAGAUAGACCUCCUGCUGUCCGAUGUGGACGAUUCGCAUAAUCGUUCCUCCAGCCAGGCUGGUCCGGCAUCUCCCCAACUCUUCCCCUCUUGCUGCUCCUCCAAAAUCCGGGCAGCCUCCUGGUGGUCGUCUCCCUCGGCUCGUCGCCGUUGGCAACAGCGGUGGCACCUGCCUCGUCGCCCGGACUUGCGCCAUGAGCAACGACGCCACCUUCUACAGUGGCCCCCCGGCGACCACGCCGGGAGCGACGCAGCAACCGCAGGUCACCGGCGGCGUGCAGAACCCAGUAGCGAGCUCGCAAACUGCUGAAACAAACGGCUACUACGCAGGUCCCCCGAUCGAGGAGAAGCAGCAGCUGCCGCCGGCGCCGGCGCCGCGGCCGCCUAGAAAGCAAGGAUCAAGCUUCCUGUCAAAAUGGGCCUCUUGCCUCGUCGGUGGUGGAGCUUCGGCAGAUCAGUAAUACCAAGAGCUGCGGCGACGGUGGAGCAGAGCAUAGUUCAAGGGUGAGAGCAGAGAAGGUUCAAGUAAUUUGGAUUGAGGAGCUUCAAUCCAGUGCCGAAUCUAGAAUGUAAAUCUAGGGGGGGCUCAUUUUCCUAGUAUUCUUCCUCCCAUCUCUCUUCUUCCUUCUUUUCUUCUUCCUCUUCUUCACCCAUGGUUGAAAAUUAUUGGGGGUUUUGAGGGGGCUUCAUGCGAUCCACAGGACCCCCCCCCCUGAAUCCAAGAUCCCCUGCUGCUUCAAUCUGCAUCUGAAUUGUUGCCACCAAUAUGUCCUCUGAAGAAAGCUGCUCCUUUUUCUUCUACACUUGAUAAUUGAUGGUCCUUUGUUGCUCGUUCCAGCAAAUGCAGAUGCAAUGAAACUGCCAAUUUCAAUAAGCCGGUACCCAUUUUUCGGAAGCGCUAGCCCCCGACUACUUUUGUUUUUCUUUGAAUGAUGUUUUAGUUUGGGGUUAAUCUCGAUAAAAAGUUAUUUAGGAGUUAAGUGAACAAGAACGAAACUUGGCUGGCGUAAAAUGAGCUUCCACCAUGAAAUUUAUCCACGAACAUGA